AUGGGCAGGCGAGAGGCCGAUCUUGCGUACCUCGCGGACGUGCUUCGCCGCCGCGCCGGAAGGUCUGGCUGUAGCCUGGUCUAUGACACGCGGGAUGAGCGCGUUGCCCAGCGCGGGCCCCGCCGCCGCGAGAGGCCCGACCCCCAAGCAGUUGCUGCCACCAAGAUCCAGGCUCGCUUCCGGGGUGUGCUGGGCCGCCUGCUGGCGGCGCAGCGGCGGCAGCGCUGCGAGCAGGAGCGGCAGGAGGACCUGCAACGCCAGCGUGCGGAGGCCAGGCGCGCCCAGGCCCAGGAGGAGUCUCGGCAGCGGCUGGAAGAUCAGCGGCGAGAGCUGCUGCGGGCAGCCCGUGAGAGGCGCUGCACGGCGGAGCAGAUGUGCCAAGGUCUUCCCUGCCACCAAGUGGACUGGGAGGAGAGCCCUGGCAAGCUACUGGAGAUGCUGGAGGGCAAGUCUUUGGGCAUCAGCCCACUCAGCCCAAUCGAGGCAUGGCUGGGUGUCCACGCUGACCGCCGCUCUGCGCGGAAGGUGUACCUCCUGCUGGCACGGAAGUGGCAUCCUGACAAGUGGGCGGUGCAAGGGGAGCGCUGUGUGAGCUUCGCCACGGAGGUGGCCAAGCAGCUGGUCUGGGCCUACGAGCAGGCGUGCAUCCAUCUGCCGAAUGCUCCAGCGCCACGAGGCUUCCACGCCCAGGAGGACGACGACGAGAACCGGGAGUGCUACGAGUUCGCCAGUUGGGUCGGGAUCUCCUUCAACGGGAUGGAGGAAGUUUGGAAGGAGAGGCGAGGAGUGCGGCGGUGA